CGUGACAUCUACCGGUACAACACAACAUCCUAAUGAACCGUACUGCUUUCGAUCGACAAAAGCGAUUGUAAAGAUCCCCUACCUUCUUAAUAAAGCUUAAGGUAGAUAGUUCGACAAAAGGAAUAGGACACAGGUUGAUUAGUUUGCAGUUCGGGUGUGGCCCGAAUUCGAAAAUGCGAUUUGAAUAGGUCUCUGCUCGCUAAUUGUCUCUCUUUGACAGCACCCCAAAACAAAAAACGUGGUUUUCUGAAAGAUAGAACGACGACUUGAUUGAAAUCGAUAAUCGAACGCUUUUACUAGGUGCCGAUCAGGUAAUUGUUACUGGAUUGUCGGCAAUGGUUUGGAAGAUCAAUAAGCACAAAAGGUCUGAUAAGCAAGGGAGCAUCGUCAAACAAAAACAAGUUCUGGACAGUCCAAGAAAAUUGCCAGGGAAAAGCUGCCUCAAGACCAAAAAAUAUAUUCUCGACCAACCAAAUUUUCUUGACGACUCAUCUAAGUUUCAAAAUGGAAUAAACAACAAAGUAAAAGAACAGAGCUCGAAGUCUGUUUCGAAUCGUUCCCGUAGCGCAAAAUCUUCAGGUGCUUUGAGUCGUUCGUCUGGUAGCAUUAUCUCGGAAGAAAGUAAAGGGUCAGAAAGCUCCCUUCAAACGAGUUGCGCUAAUGGGAUGCGCAUGGCAUCAAUCGAACAGCAUUCGGUAAGCUCUAGAAGUUGGGACCGCGAGUCGCGAAGAUCAGAAGCAGGCCAAUCGACUCAGACAGGUGAGAUAUCAUUAGCUGAUUCGAGGAGCCUUCUCGAAGAGAAAAAGAAAAAAGUCAAUUUCUCCGUGGUCACUAUUAGAGAUUAUGAGAGGGUUGUCGGAGAUAACCCAAGCUGCACAAUAGGACCGCCAGUUGGGUAAGUAAAAAUUGUUGGAUUUUGAUUACACUAUUUCGAGAAGGAAAAACUACGACGAGGUUAUUUGGCCACUGAAGUUCAACCUACUUUUGUUCCCGACAAAUUAAUGUUUUCCUUUACUGAUCACGUUGUCGAUCGAUUUGUGUUGAAGCAUUGGCUGGCACUACUUCGAAACUCGUGUCAUUGAUAUUGAAAGUUUUGAGGCUGGGAGGUCAUAUAGAAAAGUUUCGUCGCAUUUGAUUCUUACGAGAGAGGAAAGGGAAGCUUUAUUAUUAAAUUGGGGGGCAUCAUUUCACGACAUAGUUGAAGCCGUGCGUAGUAACCUGAAAAUAAAAAAUCAGCGGCGGCAGACCGUCACAAAUCUUGGAAAGGUUGAACGUAUAGAGGAGGCAUUUGAGAGUGCCACAAGGAAACUAAAAAGUGCCUUGAUGCUUCGACGUAGUACUGGGAAUAAAGUGAAACGACUUCAGGAACAGGCAAAUCUAGCACAGAGCGCUUUGACGUCUCUAAAAAUUGCAGAGGAUAGAGCAUUGAGUGAAAUAAGAGGAACUCGUCGUGAUGAAAUCAUGGAAGAACCAGAAAGCAAAGAAGAAGAUUAUCCCAUUCCAAACUAUUGUCCAUCGUCUCCUGAGGAUAUCAAAGCUAGACCACCACAUUUAACAAUUCCCGAGGAAGACGAACACGCUGGCUCGAUGACAGGACGUUCGCUGGGUGGAAAUAGUACAACAAAAUCUGAGCUUGAAAUUGAAAAGUUUUAUCGAGAGUUAGAACUUGAAAUGUUUGGCGAGGAAGAAUUACCAUCGAUGGUUGGUCAGAUGUUGGAAGUCCCACUAAAAGAUGUUGAUACCACCAAUUUGAUGACUGAUCCAGCGGAUAGAUUGGAAUAUUGUUCAGUUAAUAGUGCAAUGUCGGAUAAGGAUUUAGAUGAUGCGCUUCUGGAACAGGAGCAAAAUCGGUCGAUGAUAAGUGAAUACCUCCUUGAAGAUGCUGACAAUGACUCUCCAAAAUUAGAUCAUUCGACGCAGCAUGACAAUGGAGAUCGAGAUGGGAAUUCCAAUUAUUUAUCGCAGUUGACGCAGCCAAUACACAGUGACCAAAUCCAGCCAGGAAACUAUUCCCUGUGGAACAAAAGCAGCCCUUUGACCUUUCCAGCACUUGACGGACCACCUAUUGAUACUCAUGGGAGUGUUGUUGACAAUCAAACAUCACAACAUCGUCAGCAUGAAACAAUACCAUUACAUGCCGGAAUGACUAUGUUCGAAGAUUGUGCCCUCCUUGGAGGUCGAAGCAAUCAUGAAUCACUAUAUUUCAAGAAGAAGCGACGUUCUUCCCGAAACAAAGAUAUGAAUGCUGGUCCUAAAGUUCACUUCAUACCCCCACCAACUCAUUUGUCUCCAUCAGAUUGGAUGAAUGGUCCAGAUUCUCAUGACAUUUCUUGCAGAGAUCGUGAGACGAUAACAAUCUCGGAAGAUAAUUUUAGUGACAGAAGAUACUACGAAGAUCGGGAUCGAGAUCCUUACGGUUGCUGCAAUAAUAAAUUUCAUCCAAACUUUCAUUGCAGAUGACACUCAAGAAAUCGUGAGCAAUAAUUGAAUGGAUUCUUCAGCACUAGUAUCAGAGAUCAAAGUGAGCUCUGGAUUGCGAAAAACAAUACCGUAGAAAAUAUCCAUCGUUUGUUGCUCUUCAAAAUUUGCUCAUAUUUCACGUCAAGAAAAUACUCUGUGCGGAAAAGUUUUGAAAUGUCCGUUGGUUUUAUAUAUCUUGAAUAUUUCUUUUUUGUCUUCGCAUCAAUUCCAUUGUGAUAACGAUGGAUCAAAUUCUGGUGACCACACUGUUGAAGACUGACUAAUGACGUAAGCGUUUUUGUCAAGACAAAACAUCCAUAAACGAAGUAAAAACAUGCAAGUAAAGACCUAAUCUCAUGUCAAUGCGGUUCUCAAUUCGAAGUAGGAAACUGUGAGCAAGUGUGAACCAAUGAGAAGCAAAAACAACUUUGUACCUAACAAAAAAUAGAAAACAAGAUAGAAU